UCGUGCGCGCGAGCGCCCAGUGCCAAACGGCGCGUCGAACGUCGCAGGGCUCCGUCGGCGGCGACGUUGGUCGGAGAGUCGGCAUCGACUGCGCGCGCCUGUGACUGCCGAUUGCGGCGCGGGGUCGCGCCGGGCGCCGCUGCGUGGUGCGGCGCGAGGUCGGGUCGGGUCAGGUCGUGUCGCCUCGGGGUCCGCGCCGUCGCGGGCGCGGGCGAAGUGUCGGUCGGCGCCGGCGCGCAGCGGUGCGUCUCCGUCGGACGCGUGUGUGUCGUCCGGCCGCCGCCGCGUGCGCCCCGUGGCAUGCCGCGGCGCUGAGCGCGCCGAGACAAUGCUCUCGUUCAUGCUGCCCAAUGAGGAGAAGGGCUUCAACCUGAACGCGGUGGCGCAGAAUGAGGCGGUGUUCCAGGUCACCAACGGCCACAGCGAGGUCAAGACCGAGCUGAGCGGCGACCCGGCCGCGCCGCCGGCUGGCCCGGCUCGCGGCUCGCCCAACAACAACAGCCACCCGGUGCUGGAGACGCCUCUCAUCAGUGCCAGUUUGGACAACAUGCCGCCGCCGCAGCCGCCGCCGCCGCCGGCGGCCACCGCCCCGCUGCUUAGUCGCGACCUCUCCCUCAUGGAGGACUCGUACAGCGACGACGCGGCCACAGAGUCGACGCUGCUGCUGCGCGCCGACGAGCGCGCCGACGAGGUCAUGACCCCGAGCACGGAGAACACGCGCUCCUCGCCGUGCGGCGACGAGAAGCCGCUGCUGCCCGUCACCACCGUCUCUGGCAAGACCGGCAAGCUCAAAAGGGUGUCGUUUGGCAGCAGUAAAGGCUCCAUGGUGGAGACGGUGGUGUACGACUACGAACCGGUGCAGACGCUGCGUGAGGAGGAGGGCUGCGAGUCCCCCGACCCGCGCGCCUCCUCACGACACAACUUCGCCACGUCCACGCCGCUGUCCGCGCCGGCCACACGAGCGGAGCCCAGCGCGGCUGAGCGGGCUGCCUCCCGUGUGCGGGUCACCUACUUCGAGAGCAAGAAGCCGCUGCCGGUGCCGGCGCCCGACCCGGCCGACGUGCCGACGCCAGAGGAGUUCGACGUGCCGGCGCCGCCCCCGGGUCACACGCAGGUCACCGCCGCCGCCGGAGAGAUGCCGACCACGUACAUCGUCCAGACCAUGGACGCCGGCUGGGAGAACCCGUUCCGGCCGGGCGGCGAGCUGAGCAAGGAGGCCGACCAGAUCGUGCGCGCCAUUCAGUCGGGCCGGCCGCUCGACUCGAGCCUCGACGAGGCCGACGCGCCGCCGGCCGAGGGGCCCAACGGCCACGUGGAGCCGGCGCCCAACGGCAGCGCGCCGGCCGCGGCGCCCGGCGACGGCCGGCCCGACGGCCCGGCGGACGCCACGCGCCGCAACGGCGCCUCGGCUCCGGCGCCGCAGGUCAAGACGGCCGUGGCCGCCCAGCAGCCCGGCACCGUCGAGGUGCAGCACACGCUCGUGAAGCCCGAGGACGCGUCGCAGGUGGAGCAGGUGACCUUGAAAAAGAAGCCGCGCGGCAAGUGCUGUGUGGUGCAAUAGUGGCGCGGCCGACGGACGGCGCGCGCGCGCCGCGAAUGUGAUGUGAUGCCGCUCGGCGGCGGGCGGCGCGCGGCGGCUAGUCAGCGCGGACUGGUGCUGCCACCUGCCGGCGGCUCGGCGGCGCCCUCUGCCUGGUUGCCACGGGCAACGCGCGCAGACGGGCGCGGACGCGAGCGGCGGCUCCUGCCGCGCGCCGUGUUCCUGUUCGGCGGGAUGGCGUUGCGGCCGCCGCGCGCCGGCGGCACAAAGUGGUGCGUUUCGCGUCGGCUCUGAGUUCGACUGAUGCAAAGGAACGCCGUCGCGCUGCUGGGAGCGCGCGUGGCCACGGUGCCGCGAUCGGGCCGUCAGAGCGGCUCGGGGAGAGCGGCGUAGUGCUGGCGCCGCGACCGCUGCGAGGCCUACCGAUAACCAGCUAUUUUGUGCAACAUUAAUGUUUGAUGUCCCGCGCGGGCGACGGCGCGGACAGGUCCGCCUGCGCCCCGCGCUCUCUCCGGUUCCGUUCUGCGCGCUCUGUCUCUCGCUCUCGCUCUCGUUUCGCAGCGCUGCUCCGGCGCGGCCGCUGAUUGGUUGUUGCGUUUGUGAUCGGCACUGGGAUUGGCGGAGUGGCUCCUCGCUGGCAGGAGACCAUCGCCGCCGCCGGCCGACAUAGCCCUGUGUAUCUAGCCCGUAGACGAGGAUGGAGGCUUUUGACCGCUGUCGGUGACGAGAAUGUCGGCCGUUGUUGUUAUGUUGCUUCUUUUCAGUGUCUCCUCGCCUCGCCAGUAGAGCCGCGCGCUUUUUAUGGAGAUGACGUCUCGGUGUUUCUUUUGACCAUGACCCUCAGAUGACACACGUGUACAUUUUAAUAGACGGACAGACAUUCAUACUGUAGAAUUUCAUCUUUUCUUCAUUGUUCGUGGCUUAUACAAAUAUAUGAAGUCAUUAUUUAUUCUGA